AUGCUCGCCAAACCGUUAACCGCCAUCUGGACACUGUUCCUCCUCAUCUCCACCGCACAGGCACAAUUCCAAUUCUUCGAUCACAUGUUCGGCGGCGGCGGCGGUUCGCAAGGAGGGCAUACUCAAGAACAAGAAACUUCCAGCGAUAGCGCAUGGUACCAACGAACAUGGGAAGGAGACAGAGAGCAAAAGAUGGGCUCCAACGUAGCGCAAAAGCGCCUCUUCCACGAAUACAAAAACCUCUCCACCAACCCUCCGGAAGGCAUCACCGCCGGCCCCAUCACCGAAGAUGACAUGUUCCACUGGGAAGCUCUCAUUCAAGGACCCGAGGGCACGCCGUUUGAAGGGGGGGUAUUUGCUGCGGAACUCAAGUUUCCGAAGGAUUAUCCGUUGAGUCCGCCUACGAUGAAGUUUUUGGGUGGGGUUUGGCAUCCGAAUGUGUACCCCAAUGGAACAGUGUGUAUCUCGAUCCUUCACCCACCUGGUGACGACCCAAACCAUUACGAGCAUGCCUCGGAGCGAUGGUCACCAAUCCAAAGUGUCGAGAAGAUCCUCAUCUCGGUGAUGAGUAUGCUGGCCGAACCGAACGAUGAGAGUCCUGCGAACGUCGAGGCAGCAAAGAUGUGGCGUGAGCGAAGGAGUGAUUAUGAGAAACGCGUCAGAGAGGAAGUCAGAAAGACUUUGGGUCUUUAA